AUGGCCGAUGUCGCGACUACUCCUGCCACUGAUGGCAUUCAGAAGACUCGACCCGAAAAGCCUGAUGAAGCAAAAUUCAAGGCCGAUCUCGCCAAGGCUGAGAAGGAUCAUGAAGCGGCGCAGGCAAGAUUUAAUGCCAGUCGCACCAAGCUGGACAGCGCUCGUCCUGGAAAAUCGACUCCGGCCAAUGACCGUUUCAAGGAACUGGUGGACGAACAAAAGUCCAUCCGCCAAAAGCAACAGGAGCACAAAGCGGCCAAGGCAGGACAGCAAGACAAAUAUAACCAGAAUGAUGCCUUGAUCAAGAAACUCAUUGCCGAACAAAAGGAUGGUCGCUCUCGAGCCGGUUUCAAAAAUGUUGAAGAGAUCGAUGUGAAGAUCGCCAGUAUUCUGAAACAAGUCGACUCAGGCAACAUGAAAUUGGUCGACGAGAAAAAGGCUUUGGCGGAGGUCUCGUCGUUGCGCAGGCAAAAGAAAAGCUUCACCGGUCUCGACGAUUUGCAGAAGAAGAUUGAUGAGAAAAAGGCUGAGAAUGCCGAGCUCAAGAAAUCCUUCGACAAUCCCGAGACCCGUGCCUUGUCCCAGAAAUAUGAGGACAACCAGAAGGAGCUCGAUGAAAUCAAGGCUGCUCGCGAAGACACCAACAAGAACUACGACGCCUUGAAAGCCGAACGUGAGAAGUUGUACCAGGAACAGCAAGCCACCUACGCGGCCAUCAAAAGGGUCAAGGAUGAAUAUUACGCCCAAAAGAAGGCGUACAAGGAGUAUGAGGACCAGCUGUACCAACAACGACGUGAACGCCAAAAGGCGGAGCGUGAGGCCUACGAGAAGGAGAAACGUCGUCGUAUUGCGGAACAAAAACUGGAGGAAGCGAGUGAACCUGCUUUUCUGGAUCAAAUUCGCACGGCCGAAGGCCUCAUCCGCCACUUCGACCCUUCUUACGGCACGGAAGACAGUGAGAAGGGUCCGGGUCAAUUCGCUGCCACUGCCCAACGGACCAUUGACGAGUCCGGAUUCAAGGGGAUGAAAGUCAUGAAGAAAGCAGAUGAGGACUUCUUCGUCGGCGGGGGAGGGAAGAAGAAAGGAAAAGGUAAGAAGGGUGCUGCCGCCCCUGCCGAGUCCGGUAAACUCAACAUGAACAUUGGUGUCAUUGAAGAGUUGGCCAAAGUCGGAGUGGACCCACCAAGUACUCAAGCCGAUGUUCCCGGUGUGGUGGAGAAGUUGAAGGCUAAGUUGGAGACCUGGAAAAGGGAUCAAGGUAACCAGACUCAAAAGAACAUUGAAAAAGCAAAGAAAGAGAUUGAAAAGCUAGAACACGAAGCCGCCGAGUCCUCCAAUGCCUCGCCUCCUCCCAAGGCGGGGCCCAAGGGUGGCCGUUUCGACCGUGCGAAGAAAACCGCAUUGAAAGAUUCUGGUGUCAACGGCGGUGUUUCUGCGGAAGGUGAAGAAGCGCAAGAGAAAGACGCCGUGGCUGAUGCCGCCAAGGAGCUGAAAGAGGCCAAGAUCGAGGACAAGGAGAAUGAAGAAGUGGCUACACCAUAA